GGAAACCCCAAUCAAACCACAACCACAACCUCGAAGAAAAGGUUCAUCAAAAUCUCUUCCAACUAAGAUAAAUUGAGUUCUGAUAUUGAGUAGAUUCCAAUGGUCUAGUGCAAGUACAAAAAACAUAUCAAGUUUCUACAAACCAUUAUGGACCUUCCAAAAACAACAAAUCAACCCUUGGCCGAGAAUCAAUCCUCCUCCGAGUCACUAUUUAUGAAUACCAUAACCAAGCAAGCACACCCGCUUUUUAUCUCCCAGUUAUACACUACUGGAAAAUACACAGACCUUGUUGUCAAAUGUCAAGGCAAAGAGUUCAAAGUUCAUCGAGCAAUCGUUUGUUCUCAAUCAAAGCCUCUUGCUGCAGCUCUAGAUAAUGGAUUCAAGGAAGCUACUGAUGGUGUAUUCGAUUUCGAGGAUGACGAACCAGAGAUUGUGGAGUACAUGAUCAAAUUUCUUUACGAUGGUAUCUACUCGGUAUCCAAACGGCAGAAACAUCCUGAUACUGCGACAUGGGGAGGAAGCGCAAAUUAUGUCAUGCCAGAUGGAACAUCUCGCACUGGAGAUUCAGCAUCGGAACCCGACCCAUCAUUUUACUUUACUUCGCCAGCCUUCCGCGCUCCAGCAAAUAGUUCUACAAGUGGACUUGGCCAACUCUUUGGAUCAGCUAGCCCGGCUGCGCGAAAUUUGUUUCCAAGCUCAAAUGGCGCCUCCAUUUUUGGACCUCCACAAGCACCAAGAGAUAGUGGACGCCACAUGUUCAGCUAUGUACCCCAACCUGAUAAAAAACCAUCACUAUUCAGCCUUUAUCGCGACGUCGCUUCUCAUGCUACAGCUGCACCCACACCUGAAAACUUGUUUGGCUCGAUUUCUCCAACUCAUACUUAUGCAACCACUCCUAGGCCAACACAAAACUUGUUUAAUCCCAUUGUUCCUGCCAAUACCCCUACAGCUUCGACAGUAUUCUCAACACAAAAUUUGCUCUGUGGAUUCACAGGAAAUGCCUCGGGCAACAUUAUUGAGACAGCAAAAACUCCUAUCCAAUUAUCAAAAGGCAAAUUCAACUGGUCAGGUUCUGCUAGUCUCAUUGGCGGGGGCGCAACUUUCAAUAAAUCUUCCGAAGAAAUCGAGCUUCAGGCAGAGGAUAUGGUCAAGCAUGCAAAAGUCUAUAUCAUUGCAGAGAAAUUUGAUAUCCAACCAUUAAAGACACUUGCUCGUCAAAAAUACUCUUCUGUCGCAAAUAAUUACUGGAAUUCUUGUUGCUUUGUUCAAAGUAUAGAACUUAUUUUCGAUGGCACGCCUGAUAUCUCUGAAGGCGAUAGUCUUCGAAAGGCUGUUCUGGAAGUUGCUAGUAGGUAUAUGAAACAACUUCUAGUGAGAGAAGAUUUCGCUCAAAUGUGCCAGGAGAGAGGUGAUAUCGGUUUCUCAAUUCUUCAGUGGUCUUCGUGGUCGAUGUAAAAAUUCCAAGGGAUGCUAUAUGGAAUGAUUUUAUGAUACUGUAGGCUGAUGAAGCUUUAAGUGGGAGAAUGUUCUGGCAAUUAUGAAAGAUACGACUUUAUUUUGAGUUUUCUAAUGAUAGUAAUGACCCAUGCGAAUGAGCUAUACAGCUUAUGGAAUGUAGGACAGCCUACAGGUUUUCAAUGUACAAUAAAGGGUGUGUACACUCACGAGAAGAGUUUAGAAGUUGAAUACAAAAAAGAAUUCUCCAAUACAGACCCAUAUUUAUCUUAAAGAUUGAUCA